AUGAUUCGCUUUAUUCUUAUUCAGAACAGAGCUGGGAAAACGCGGCUUGCAAAAUGGUAUAUGAAUUUAGCUGACACAGAGAAGCAAAAAUUAAUAGAAGAAGUACAUGCUCUUGUUACUGUUCGUGAUGUGAAGCAUACGAAUUUCGUGGAGUUUAGGAAUUUCAAAAUUGUUUACAGACGCUAUGCUGGUCUUUACUUCUGUAUCUGCAUUGAUAUAAUGGAUAAUAGCCUCGCACAUCUCGAGGCUAUUCACAACUUUGUUGAAGUUCUAAACGAACUGUUUCACAAUGUUUGUGAAUUGGAUCUUGUGUUCAACUUCUACAAAGUUUAUUCCGUCGUUGACGAGAUGUUCCUGGCUGGUGAAAUCCGAGAAACUAGUCAAACGAAAGUUUUAAAGCAAAUGAUGCAUCUCUCGGCGCUUGAGUAA